AGUUCUCGGCGCAUCUGAAGGAGAAAGAAGCUCGGCUGAACUGGCAACGGUUCUCGAAAAGGCUCGGAUCGAGACAACAGAUUGAGGCGCGUCGGCGACGGAGACUAAACAAGCGAUUCGUUUUCUGCUGGAACGGGGACCAAUUUUCUACGUAGUUGAGGUGGAACAAGAAAAACCCCGAACCAGCCCUUAACCCCAACCAUUCCGUGAUACCACCAUGAAUUCCGACAGCCGGCGGUGGGAAAGGUUGACCUCUGGAAGAAACCCGUCGAAGCAGAAACACCGGCUCAAUGCCGAGGAGGUGCUUGAGCGCAAGCUAGGGUUCGAUCUCUUCACCGAGGGCGACAAGAGGCUUGGAUGGCUGCUUACCUUCUCUCCUUCAUCAUGGGAGGAUCAAGAAACCAACAAGAUCUACAGUUGCGUGGAUCUUUACUUUGUUUCUCAGGAUGGAUUGACCUUCAAAGUGAAACACAAAUUUCCACCUUAUUUUUAUGCUGCCACCAAAGAUAAGAUGGAGUUGGAAGUUGAAGCAUAUCUUAGGCGUAGAUAUGAAAGACAAAUAACUGAUGUGGAGAUUGUGGACAAAGAGGACCUGGAUUUAAAAAAUCAUCUUUCUGGUUUGAACAGGUCAUAUUUAAAGCUCAGCUUUGAUACUGUGCAGCAACUAAUACACGUCAAGAAUGACCUUAUGCAUGUUGUUGAAAGGAACCAAUCAAAAUUAGAUGCUGCAGAGGCAUUUGAAUCUAUAUAUAUUGGUGGAAGAAAGGAAAGGCCACAAGAUCUAAUGGAUUGCAUUAUUGAUCUUCGUGAAUAUGAUGUUCCCUAUCAUGUUCGUUUUGCUAUUGAUAAUGAUGUUAGAUGUGGUCUGUGGUAUGAUAUAUCUGUCUUUAGUGCUGGUAUUUUGCUUGAGAAAAGGUCUGAUCUUCUUCAACGGGCAGAAGUUCAUGUUUGUGCAUUUGAUAUUGAGACAACAAAGCUCCCUCUGAAAUUUCCAGAUGCUGAAUAUGAUCUCAUAAUGAUGAUAUCAUACAUGAUCGAUGGACAAGGGUACUUGAUAAUCAACCGGGAGUGUGUUGGUGAGGAUAUUGAAGAUUUGGAGUAUACUCCAAAACCAGAAUUUGAAGGUUGCUUUAAAGUAAGAAACGUGAAAGAUGAGGGAGAGCUUUUAAAAGCAUGGUUUGCCCACAUGCAAGAGGCUAAGCCAGGUAUAUAUGUCACUUACAAUGGAGAUUUCUUCGACUGGCCAUUCCUAGAGAAAAGAGCUUCUCAUCAUGGUAUUAAAAUGAGUGAGGAAAUUGGUUUCCAGUGCGACAGUAACCAAGGGGAGUGUCGUGCCAAAUUUUCUUGUCAUCUUGAUUGUUUUGCUUGGGUGAAACGUGAUAGUUACCUUCCUCAAGGAAGCCAAGGUCUUAAGGCUGUUACAAAGGCUAAAUUGGGUUAUGAUCCACUGGAGGUGAAUCCAGAAGACAUGGUUCGUUUUGCCAUGGAACAACCACAGAUGAUGGCAUCAUAUUCUGUGUCAGAUGCCGUGGCAACAUAUUUUCUAUAUAUGACAUAUGUUCAUCCGUUCAUUUUCUCUCUUGCAACUAUAAUUCCUAUGCCACCAGAUGAGGUCCUCCGAAAAGGAAGUGGAACACUUUGUGAAAUGCUUCUUAUGGUGCAGGCAUACAAGGCUAAUGUUAUUUGUCCUAACAAGCACCAAUCUGAUCCUGAAAAAUUCUACAACAACCGCCCUCUAGAAAGUGAAACAUAUAUUGGAGGGCAUGUUGAAUGCCUUGAAAGUGGUGUUUUUAGGUCAGAUCUUCCUAUUAAGUUCCAGCUUGAUCCAUCUGCAUAUGAGCAAUUAAUUGGAAAUCUGGAUCGUGACCUUCAAUUUGCAAUUACAGUGGAAGGAAAAAUGAGCAUUGAAUCAAUUGCAAAUUACGAAGAUGUGAAGAAUGCUAUAAUGGAAAAGCUUAUCUUCUUGCGGGAUCAUCCGACAUGUGAGGAAUGCCCGCUUAUUUAUCAUCUUGAUGUUGCUGCAAUGUAUCCAAACAUCAUUUUAACAAACAGACUUCAGCCUCCAUCAAUAGUUACAGAUGUAGUCUGCACUGCAUGUGACUUUAAUCGUCCAGGAAAAAAUUGCCUACGUAAACUAGAAUGGGUUUGGCGAGGAGAGACCUACAUGGCCAAGAAGAGUGAUUACUAUUACAUAAGGAAACAAAUUCAGUCAGAACUUGUUGAAUUUGGUGAUGGUAAAACAAAGCCAUUUCUUGAUCUCCCCAAAUCAGAGCAACAAUUGAGGCUGAAAGAACGCUUGAAGAAGUACUGUCAGAAGGCAUAUAAAAGGGUUCUGGACAAGCCUGUGACAGAGCUUAGAGAAGCAGGGAUAUGCAUGCGUGAAAAUCCCUUUUAUGUUGACACAGUACGAAGUUUCCGGGACAGACGGUAUGAAUACAAGGGACUUAAUAAGGUAUGGAAGGGAAAAUUGGCAGAUGCAAAAGCUAGCAGAAAUCAAAUGAACAUUCAAGAAGCACAGGAUAUGGUUAUCCUCUAUGAUUCCUUACAACUCGCUCACAAAUGUAUACUCAAUUCCUUUUAUGGAUAUGUCAUGCGCAAGGGUGCAAGAUGGUACUCAAUGGAAAUGGCAGGAGUUGUCACUUAUACUGGUGCAAAAAUUAUACAAAAUGCUCGUUUACUUGUUGAAAAGAUUGGGAGGCCACUGGAAUUGGAUACAGAUGGCAUUUGGUGUGCGCUUCCAGGAUCUUUUCCAGAGAACUUUACAUUUAAAACAAGUGAUGGAAAGAAAUUCACAAUUUCUUAUCCGUGUGUUAUGCUUAACGUUGAUGUUGCCAGAAACAACACUAAUGAUCAGUACCAGACACUUAAAGAUCCUGUCACCAGAACUUAUACAACCCACAGUGAGUGUUCCAUUGAAUUUGAAGUGGACGGGCCAUACAAGGCAAUGAUCCUUCCAGCUUCAAAAGCAGAAGGAAUUUUAAUCAAGAAGAGAUAUGCAGUAUUCAAUUAUGAUGGCACCCUAGCAGAACUCAAAGGUUUUGAGAUCAAACGCAGAGGUGAGCUGAAGCUCAUAAAAGUAUUCCAGGCUGAGGUUUUUGACAAAUUUCUUCAUGGAUCAACCUUGGAAGAAUGCUAUGCAGCUGUUGCAUCUGUGGCAAACCGCUGGCUAGAUCUUUUAGAUAACCAAGGCAUUGAUAUUGCCGACAGUGAGCUUCUUGAUUAUAUUUCAGAGUCGAGCACAAUGAGUAAAUCAUUGGUUGAUUAUGGGGAACAGAAAUCAUGUGCUGUAACUACUGCAAAAAGGCUUGCUCAUUUUCUGGGAGAUGCAAUGGUUAAAGACAAAGGACUCCAUUGCCAAUAUAUAGUCGCCCGAGAACCACAGGGAACUCCAGUAAGUGAGCGUGCAGUCCCUGUUGCAAUAUUUGAAACAGAUGCAGAGAUUGCAAAGUACUAUUUACGCAAGUGGUGUAAAAUAACUUCUGAUGUGGGCAUUCGGUCUAUUGUUGAUUGGUCUUAUUACACGCUACGACUUAGUUCAGCUAUUCAAAAAAUUAUCACCAUCCCUGCUGCAAUGCAAAAGGUUUCUAACCCUGUACCAAGAGUGGUCCAUCCGGAUUGGUUGCACAAGAAGGUUUGCGAGAAAGAGGAUCGUUUUCGCCAGCGUAAACUUGUUGACAUCUUUAAUACAGCAAAAAGAGAGCAGGUGGCUCAAGAUGAGACAAUUGUUGGGGAUAUUGAAGAAAUUUUGGUCAAAGAUGGUGCUAGAGUACUUCCACCUCGACCUGUAGUUCAUAGCUUUGAAUUCAAUAGAGAAAUCAAUUCAAGAAAACCAUCUUCUCCAGUAUCUGGGAUGCCUGUUGACCUCCAGGAGCAAGAUCUCACCCUAUUUCGGUCAAAUCAAUCGCUAGUUUCAUCGAGUAAUAAUGGUAUUUCCAGUGAAAAUGGGGAUAAGACCAUUGAUUAUCAAGCUUGGCUCGAAACGAAGAAGAGAAAAUGGAAGGACUCUCGUGAAGAGAGGAAGAGACGCAGAUUGGGUAGCACAAAUAUAUCAGAUGAACCUGUUGGCACAACUAAGUUUCCUGACUCAAGUUUCAAGUACAAGCAUAGCCAGAGAUUUGGUGUCAGUGGAUUCUUCAAGAAACAUGAAUCAAGUCUUGUUCGGUCUCACUGGCAGAUAUUACAGCUUGUCCCAAGAACACAACCUGGGCACUUUUAUGCCUGGGUUAUUGCUGAUGGCACCAUGCAUAAGGUCCCAAUAAAUGUUCCAAGAGUGUUUUAUCUCAAUUCUAAAGCUCCAAUUACAGAAGAGUUUCCUGGAAGGCGUGUUAAAAAGAUUCUUCCUCAUAGCAGACCUAACUUCAAUCUCAUUGAGGUUGUUAUUAGUGAAGAACAAUUCAGGGCCGAAAGCAAGAAACUUGCAGCUCACCUAGCAGAUCCAGAAGUUGAGGGGAUAUAUGAGACAAAGGUGCCAUUAGAAUUUCAUGCUAUUGUCCAGAUUGGUUGUGUUUGCCAAGUAGACAAAGCUGCUAAAUUGCGAAAUGCUCAAGAUGGCUGGAACCUGGAUGAGUUGCAUAUGAAGACUACGGCAGAAUGCUCUUAUCUAGAACAAGGAGUUACCUACUUUUAUCUGUACCACAGCUUCUCGGAGGGAAGGGCAAUAUACGUUAUAUACUUCCCCACAUCUUGGACAAUAUCUGUUGUUGUUGUAAACCCUUUUCAGAACAAAGAACUAUCAUCAGCAAUUCUGGAGAAACAAUUUCGUGAAGCUUGCCUUGCAUUAUCUAUUGAACCUCCAACGAAUGGUAGUGCUACCUUUAAGGUCGAGUAUGUCCGAUCAAUUGAUGUUGGAAGCAAAAUUUUGCAGAGAACAUUAGUUGCACACAGGCAUCAACAUCUUCAACCUGCUAUUGGUAUCAUAGAAUGUCCAGGGUUUCAAGUUCUCAAGUCAAGGAUAAGAAUUCUGGAAGACUUCCCUUGUGUCACUAUGUCUUUUAAUGCUUGUGAUAGCAAUUAUCAGGCUCUUGGAUGGCAAGUUACAGCUGGUAAAAUUAGCAUGCAAAGAUGUGCUGCAUCAUCCCAGUGGUUUAAUGAAAGGAUUUUGCUAUCAAGAUAUGCACAUGUGCCAUUAGGGAAUUUUGAACUUGAUUGGCUUCUAUUUACUGCUGAUGUCUUCUUCUCUAGGGCAUUGCGUGAUAAGCAACAGGUACUAUGGAUAUCUGAUGAUGGAAUUCCAGAUUUUGGGGGCAUUUAUGAGGGAGAUACAUGCUUUGCUGAUGAAGUCAACCAACCAGCUGCCAGUUAUCCUGGAGCAUAUAGAAAAGUGGCAGUUGAACUGAAGAUUCACCACCUAGCUGUUAAUGCUCUUCUCAAGAGCAGUCUAGUGGAAGAAAUGGAUGGGGGAUCCCUAUUUUGUCAUGAAUCUGACUCACAUCCCCCUGCUCAUGAUAACGAAACUGAUUAUGAUGAAGCUAGCUCGUGUGCGCCUGCAUUUCAAGUAGUAAAGCAACUAAUUCAGAGAUGCAUAUCAGAUGCUGUGGCUUCUGGUAAUGUCUUUGCUGAUGCAAUAUUGCAGCAUCUUUACCGGUGGCUUUGCAGCCCAAUGUCAAAACUUCAUGACCCUGCCCUCCAUCGGGUCCUGAACAUGUUUAUGAAAAAGGUAUUUGCAUUGCUGCUGGUUGAGUUUAAAAAACUAGGAGCCACCAUCAUCUUUGCAAACUUCUCUAAGAUCAUUAUAGACACGGGUAAGAUUGAACUAUCAGCUGCUAGAGCAUAUUGUGAUUGUUUGCUGAGAACACUGCAAACAAGGGAACUUUUUGAGUGGAUUGAGCUUGAACCUCUGCAUUUUUGGCAUUCAUUACUGUUUAUGGACCAGUUAAAUUAUGGAGGGAUUCAAGCCAAAUGGCCUACGGGGUUGCCAGUAGAGGAUAUGGAGGAUAAUUCUCAAAUGAACAUGGUAUCAAGCUGGAAUAUAGCAGAAUACCUACCAAAGGUCACUAAGGAUCACUUUGUCUUGAUAGUGUCAGAGUUCUUGUAUAUCCCAUGGAAGUACUUACAAAAACAAGUUUUGAUCCGAACUACUAAUAUGAUGGAUGAUAGUACUAGUACUCAAUCAAUCACAGUCACAGCUGCCGAAACAAUUGAAGCUUGUGUCAAUGAAUACAUCAAAGAACAGAUCAGCAAUUAUUUUACUGAGAAGCUUCUUAACAUUGUGUGUGAUAUACUCCGCCGUUUCAAGGGAGAAAACAAAGGAAUUAAGGACCUACAUGCAACUCAUGUUCUCCCCUGUUCUUAUGGAUCCCAAGGAAAUAAGGGAGAUGCUGCAUUAGAGUUCAUCAAGCAUGUGUGUGCUGUUCUUGCUCUUGAUCAGAAUGUUAAACAUGAUGUUCUGCGGAUGAGGAAGAAUUUAUUAAAACGGAUCCAUGUCAAAGAGUUUUCUCCAGAAGCACAGUUUCGUGAUCCAUGUCAGUCUUUUACACUUCCGAAUAUUAUUUGCAGUUACUGCAAUGAUUGCCGGGAUUUAGACUUCUGUCAUGAUUCAGUACUUUUGGAGGAUAAUUGGCACUGUGCGGUGCCACAUUGUGGACAGCCAUACAAUCGUGAGCAGAUGGAGAAUGCUCUCCUUCAAGUAGUUAGGCAGAGAGAAAGGCUUUACCACUUGCAGGAUCUUGUUUGUGACAGGUGCAGACAAGUUAAAGCUGCUCACUUAGUGGAGCAGUGUGCAUGUGGUGGCUCAUUCCGGUGCCAUGAAGACUUGUUGGCAUUCCUUGGCAAAAUGCAAGUGUUUCUCAGCAUAGCAGCAUGUCAGAAGUUCCAGCUACUCCAUGACUGCACCUCGUGGAUCUUACAAGUCAGAUAGAUGGUGCUCUUCCUAACCGCUGGCUUAAAAGCUUAAGGUGCAUCCACGAAGGAGGGAGAUGAUGAAGAUUUGGUUUUGAGCUGGACAACAUCAGUUGGACUGUUGUGCUAUGCUGGCUUCUUUCACGUAAGAAGUCAGCAUAUCAAGUAUAACAAAAUAUGAGAACAAUUUCACGUUGGAAUACAUAUCUUGUGUCUUGUGCACUGACUUCUUUCUGGCAUGUACAUGAAAAUCACCACUGGUGGUGUGACAUUUGUCCAGAUAUCAUUAAGCAGUUACCGAUACAGAAUUUGUAUUAAUAGCUUCUGAAAGCAACUUUUCAGUGUGACAAUGGUUUGUCCAGCA